AAGCCCCACUAUCGCCGCCUUCGGGGCGAUUUCUAAGCCAGACAGACCUCCAUGACUGGAAUAUCUCUCCAUGCUGAAUCGCUGUUGACCGACCUCAGCUUGUUUUCGCUGCCGCUAUCGCCAUGGCGCCGUCAUUUGAAGAGCCAGAACCCGUCGAGGACGUGCUCACAAACCCUCUCAAGCAAAAGCCGCAGCUCGUGGCCCCCGAGCCAGAACACUGCCCAGGCCCGGAAUCGCAGCAGGCCGGCACCGCCGACUCGUGCGCCGGUUGCCCCAACCAACAGAUAUGCGCCUCCGCCCCCAAGGGGUCCGACCCCGACAUCCCGCUCAUAACAGCACGCCUCGCCGGCGUCAAGCAUAAGAUCCUAGUCCUGAGCGGUAAGGGCGGCGUCGGCAAGAGCACGCUCACGGUGCAGCUCGCGCGCGCGUUUGCCACCAACCCGGACAUCAACGUCGGCGUCAUGGACACGGACAUCUGCGGGCCGAGCAUCCCCAAGAUGCUGCGGGUCGAGGACGAGACGGUGCACGUCAGCAGUACCGGCUGGACGCCCAUCUGGAUCGACAACCUGGCCGUCAUGUCGAUCCAGUUCAUCCUGCCGAGCCGCGACGCCGCCGUGAUCUGGCGCGGGCCCAAGAAGAACGGGCUGAUCAAGAAGUUCCUCAAGGACGUCGAGUGGGGCGACCUCGACUUCCUGCUCGUGGACACGCCGCCCGGCACGAGCGACGAGCACCUCAGCGUCAACACGUUCCUGCGGGAGAGCCACAUCGCGGGCGCCGUGGUCGUGACGACGCCGCAGGAGGUGUCGCUGCUGGACGUGCGCAAGGAGAUCGACUUCUGCCGCAAGGCGGGCAUCCGGAUCCUGGGCCUGGUCGAGAACAUGUCGCUGUUCGUGUGCCCCAAGUGCACGCACGCGACCGAGAUCUUCAAGGCGACCACCGGCGGCGGGCGCGCCCUGGCCGCCGAGAUGGGCAUCCCCUUCCUGGGCGCCGUGCCGCUCGACCCCAGGAUAGGCAUGUCGUGCGACCUGGGCGAGAGCUUCUUCGACGCGUUCCCGGACAGCCCGGCGUGCGCCGCGCUGAAGCAGGUGGUCAGGGGGCUGGCGCAGCAGCUCGGGCUGGACCCCGGGGAGGUGGUACCGGACGCGGAUGCGGUGCGGGAGGGAUAAUACACCGGUGACCCGCAUGCUUGGAUGUAGCAUACGACUUGGACUUACACCGGCGAAAUGCGAUAGGAAUAUCAUGAAUCAUAAUCUCCAGACCCCAUCCUCCUCCGAUAACCCUUUCCUCGAUCGUUAACCUUAUUUUCCUCCCUAUCCUCCCGCCCCUCCACCACAACCAUCCUUCGAAAUACAUCCCCCCCCACCCCAGUUCAAGCCUCAAGCAGCGCCCAGCUUUUUGGGCAGCUCCUCCAGCUCCUCGGCGCUCUCGAGGUCGAUGAUGCGUGUCACCUCGCUCGUGUUGCGCAUCAGUUCCUUCGCGCCCGCGUACAGCAUGCGCAGCUCGUUGUUGCACGUCGUCGGCAGGUAGUACAGCAUCACGUAGGGCACCGACAGCCGGCCCGAGGGCUGUU